AUGAUAACUUCUUCUUCUUCUUCUUGCUCUCUUUGGUUUAUUUACUUUUUUUGCUUUCUUUCUUUCCUUUAUUCGUUGUUUCUGUUUUUUUCCUAUUAUAUUUUGCUUCUUUUCCUUUUCAUUCACUACCUUUUUUCUUUUUCUUUGCUUCUUUUUCUGUUUUUCUUUUCAUUCAUGCUCUUUUCUUUUUUUUUGUUCCUUUUUUUUUUUUCAUUCAUUAUUUUUUAUACUUUUGCUUGUUUGUUUCUUUUCUGCCAUGUUUCUUUGUCAUUCACUAUAUUUGACUUUUUGUGUGUAUCUUUUUCUUUCGUUGUUUUUUUCUUCCUUUUGUUCAUUUCUUUUUUCUGUGCUUCUUUUUUCACUUUCUUUUUCUUCUUGCUUCUUUCUUUUUUUCCCUUUUUCUUCGUCGUUCACUUUCUUUUCCUUUUUGCUUGUUUUUUUUUCUCUGUUUAUUUGACGUUCACUUUUUCCUUUUUGUUUCUAUUUUCUCUGUUUAUUUGUCGUUCAAUUUCUUUUCCUUUUUUUUCUCUGUUUAUUUAUCGUUCACUUUCUUUUCAUUUUUGUUUCUUUUUUUCUCUGUUUCUUUUUCUUUCACUUUAUUUCGCUUUCUUUUUCUGCUUUCCGUUUUGUGUUUUUACGAGUUUGACUUUUUUACCUUUCUUUUUCCCUAUCUUUCUUUCGCUUUCUUUUUUGAUUUGUUUCUUCUCUUCCUCUUUUUUACUCUCUUUCUUUCUUUCUUCCUUUUCUUUUUAUUCUUAUUUUGAGUCAUUUUACUUGUUCAUUUCAGUUUCCAUCUUUUCAUUCCAUCUUUUCAUCUUUGUUCAUUUCUUUUUAAUUUUUGUUUAUAUUUUUACUUUUCCUCAUUUUCCUUCUUUUCUUGACUUCUUUCUUUCUUUUUUUUGUCCUAUUUUUCUUUCUCUUCCUCUUUCGUCUUUCUGUCUUUUCUCCUUACACCUGUUUUGA